UGAUCACAUCGACCACAUUAACAACGAGUAAAACAGUGUUGCUGUAGUAACGUGUAGGAGAGACGCUUAUCGCCUGAUCCUCUUGAUCUACAUAGAUUUUUAUCUGUCAGUUCACUACAUGGAGAGGAGCACCAUAACUUACUCCUCCAUGGACAUUUUUAGGACAUGUCAGUGAUAAACAGCCUUGUCCCAGCUCGGUUUCUCAUCCUCACCGCUCACCUUGUGAUGGUGAUCACCAUCUUCUGGUCCCGGGGAAACAAUGUGAAAUCAUGCUUACCGCUGGACUUCACAGAGGAGCAAUACACCACCGAGGACAACCGGUUGAUUAUUUCUCUAUCGGUAACUCUCUUUCUAUUCGCCAUCGAAUUGUUUGGAUUCUUCUCUGGUGUCUCGAUGUUCAACAGUAACCAAGGAGUGCUAUCUAUGGUGUGUCACUGCAGUGCAUCCGUCUCUUUAUCUUUCUUCGUCUUCCAGCAGUGGGAAUGCUGGGUUUACUGGAUAAUCUUUGCAUUCUGCAGUGUCAUUCCUAGCCUGUGUGAGCUGAUACUCAUCAUCGCUGUGUUCGGUCUGAAAAAGAAGCCGAUGUGAAGGUUUGAAGGCGUCCUGCUUUCCGAUAUGGUGUCCACGUUAUUAGAACAGAUCAAAUGACACAUGCAUCAACAAUAAAUUUUUGGAUUGGAUACUCCUGAGCUCAGUACCAUCAUAGCUCAGUACCAUCACUUGAUCAGGGGUCACACUUGUGAAUGAUUAGAACAGUAUUUAAGAGAAUUGUAUGUAGGCACAUUUCUUAGAUCUGUAUUGUAUUAAACUGUAUAAUGCUCAGGGUUUUACCCUGAAUCCUGCAAGUCGGAGAUCGGAAUGGUGUCGAAUUCUAUACCUACACGUUCAGCAUUUAUCACCAUCACAGAACAACACUGUAUAGUCAGUAAUAUGCAGUAGGUUUAACAAGUAAAUGUGUCUGAAUAAAUCUGAAUACUAAACCCAUAGUUCAAAAUGUUGUUAUUGUUCUUAUACAAAGAAUUAAAGUAUUUUUUUCACUA